AUGAGCAAAAUUGAUAGCUAUUUUGGCGACGACUCCGAUGCAGAUAGUGACAACUACGAUCCCUCCUCAACAGUUCUUCCGUUUCCCAAACCUCUUGAUCGCUCAGCAUUUCUCGUACCUACCUUUAACGCAGCCGAUUUCCUUUCCUCUCUCACAUCGCGCUUCCAGACUCUAGAAGACCUUCAAACAGAGUUACAAGAUUUGCUCAAAUCACUAAAUAAAGAGCUAGUUGAUCUCGUCAAUGAUAAUUAUACUGACUUUCUGAGCCUCGGGGAAAAACUUAGGGGUGGUGAGGAGAAGAUAGCAGAAGUGAGAGUUGGGUUGCUUGGAUUUCAACGUGAUGUGACAGGGGUACGGAACCUCGUGGAUGAGCGGAGCAAAGACAUCCGGGCUCUGCUCGAACGGAAGAGAAGCCUAGGGAGGGACAUACGUACCGGGCGUACACUGCUGGAGAUCGAUGAACGUCUUGAAGGACUGGAGGUACGCUUAGAUGUGUCAAAGCCUGUUGGGGAACCACCAUUCGUGCUUGUCAAUGGUCAGACCGAGGCAGAAGAUGAGUACGUAGGCAGUUUCAGGGGCUGGACAGACGAGUGGACGAAAGAAGAGGAUGCUGAAUUCAGUGACGAGGACGAGGGACAUAGCGAUGCUGUCGUUCCACCUCGACUCAACAGGAAUUUACAACAGCUACAAGUCAUACAAGCCUUAUCCAGCAGAUGUGGUGAUCAGCAUCCAUUCGUCCUUGCUCAACAUGAUCGGAUGGCACAAAUCAGGGACCUUCUACGGAAAGACCUGGAAAGUGCUAUCUUGAGUCAUACUGACGUCAAAGCGAAGCAGAAGCUCAUACAGAUACGAGCUCAACUAGAUGGGGAGUGA